CUCCUCUUCCUCUUAUUGGCAGAACAGUGUGAGGCUAUUGGCUUGGUGGUGGCAUUUGACCUUGCUUUUCCUUUUUCUGGUUGGGAGACCCCCACAAGUUUGGAGCAUCUGUACAUGGAAUAUGAAGAGGAUGAUGAUAUUUUCUUUGCAAAAUGGAUGAGCAGCUUCUGGGGCCACAAUUUGAUUGAAGAGGAUGAGAAAGAGGGUAGAGGCCACAAAAAACGUCAGACACGACUUUUUAGUGAGAGGAGAGCCUCCCUUCCGGCCACGCUUUCCUCCCUGCAUACAACACGAUUUCAUGCUUCUGCCAAAGGCUCGUCUUCAGGCCAUCUCAGGGGCUCCAAGGAAUUUCAAGAAGACCAAGAUGCCAAAUGCCACUGCCACAGGAAGGCAAGCAGAACACCUUCAGCAGACAGCUCAGGACCAGAGACAAGAUCAAACUCCAUCCAGGAAUUUGCAGAGUCCUUUGAAAAGCAAUUGCACCUCAAAAGCAAACGCUCAGUUUCUUUGCCUGAAGGCAUGAAGGAGAGAAGAGAAAGAGAAAGAUUGCAUUUGAGAAAAAGCAAGUCUCACAAGAGAACGGGAGAGAAAUCAGAGCCAAGGAGAGAGCAAGGAGAAGAUGAAGGUUCAGAAAUUGUACCUGCAAAACACAAUGGACAGUUUCCACCACAAACAAGCAUUGAAAAAGGAUAUUUAUGCACAGGCAGCUAGAAUGCAUUAAGAUAAUGAAUUUUAACACUCCCUCUGAAGAGCAGAGGGAGCAUUCUUGUUUUGUUUUGCCUAGAAGAAGCCUGUUAGCUAGAAGAAGCCCUAACCUGUAGAAUAAAAGUAAAAUUCAGCUUCAUCAUUGACACCAUGUUAAUACCUUCCUGUCUUUUGCCAUUAAGAAUGCAUUUUUGUCAUAGGAAGAAUGUAUCUGUAAUAAGAUACAAUUUAGCAAUUAACCACUGUAAGAGGAUUUCAGACAUAUUUAGCAUUGUGGCAGGACAGUGGUGAAUGUGUUCAUUUAAGAGGAGAGCAUGUAUGUUUUACAAAACCAUGCAAAGUCAUCCAAAGCCUUAUGUUUCUGUUUUAAUUGAAAACGGGCUUAUUAGGAGGUUUGGGAAAGGAAAAGUAUGCAUAAAUGGCCACCUGCUGACUGGCCCUGACAUCCACUUAGAUUUGUUUGGAAACAGGGAUCUUUGCUUUGUCAACCUCCUGACUCCAAAUUUAUGGAAUUAGUAGAAGAGAAGCCCAUAUGUUAUCUUCUACACCUCCACAAUGUCUCACUUCUCUCUCUGCUUUCCCUGUUACUGAGCAGUAAGACCCUCAUCUCCCUGUCCUCUCCUGUGUUCUCAGUCCUGUUUCCCAAGUCACACAACUAGUUAUUUCUUCCAACUUUAACUUUAUUAUCUUACUUCCUUUGUGGCCUUCCCCCUUUCUAUUACUUUACAGCCCUGCCUUAUAGCUGCCAAACUCUUUUGCUACAUCUCUAGUUUUGCCUCAUGAAAAUUUGAGCCUUGCUAAAAGCUCUCCAGUAAAACCAGAAAUGUUCUACCUCUCAUACAUCUAUGUAAUCUCUUCAAGGGGUUGCCAUAUAUUUGAGGUAAGGCAUCACAACCCUUUUGCAUAUUUCCCUUUCCUAGAACUAGGACCAAACCAAGGGGAUGGGAACUGUCUUGUCUAUGGUAAGGACUUGAGAAAACUCUGUUUCCUCUGGGCGAAGGUCUCCUGAAUUCAGGUGUAAAUUCCAACAACUAUAAGAAAGAUUUCCUCCUAUGUGGAGGAAAUCCACCCUCCCCCAGCUUCCCCAUGUCCCACUCCUUCAACACACAAUUUUUCUCUGCAGAGAAGAACCCUGCCCUCUUUGAGGAUAAUUUCCCCAGGCCUAAUACAACAAAAGCUGCUUUGGAUAUGCAGUUAGAGAAGAGUGAAGACUAAUGGAGCCAUGAGCAAAAGUCAAAGGCUGCUGAGUAUUCUUCCUGUGAUUUUCUGUAAUUAAUGAAGAUCUUAUUAUAUUACUUUAGAGCCUUAAUUUUGAAUGUUCAACCUUUCAAAAGCUUAGGACAUCCUUAAAGCAGCGUAACACUUAUCUCAAUUAAAGGAUUGUUUUUCUUUUUAAGCAGGGCUUUGGAGGAUACAUAAGAAAGCAAUCAAACUCUUGCUGAUGCCUGUAAAAUAGAAACUAAUAAAUCUGACUGAGAAAUGUUGUUCCUAUGCAUAGUUUCUGUCCUCCCCAAUCCAGAUUGAAUUUUCAUGAAGCUCUUCUGUCAGCCAAAACUUCCAUACAGAUGGCUUUCCUUUUAUAGCCUUAAUUUGAAGACAGCACUACAAAUAGACCUGGAUAGAAAGGUACAUGGCCAGCUAUGACUGAGUUCCUCAGGUAAAAACCCCUCACAUACAUGCAUUCAUGUAGCAGCCUGCCUUCACAUCUUGUGAGAGCUGAAUGGCGCAGCUGCCCCAGUUUUGCCUGGAUUUCAGAGCAUCAGCCUCCUUGUCCUCAGCCAGUUUAACACAACAGGUCCAGCUCUAUCCCAGCAGAAUUUGAAAAAACUAGUGUUCAUGAGGCUAAUGUGCUGGUAGUACACCACCCCUGAUGAAAAGAAAACAUCAAAAAGGGCUAAACCAGAAAACCCAUGUGUGCUUAGCUCUGUCUUGCUGUUUACCAUCUCCAUCAAAGCACAGGGAAGCCUCACUGCCACAAAGGCAGCCCUGCAGGUCUGCCUGCAAACAGCUCCUGGGUUUAUCAGUGAACAACAUCUCUCAAAUUUGAGACUCUAUGUUUAUGUCCUUUCUGGGCUGGCCCAUCUACCCUGCGGUGUGAUUCUGGAAACAGAAGCUUUCAAAUAAUGUGUUCAACAAUGUUAUCCCUAAAUCACUGAAAAUGUAUACUCAAAAGUGUUUUCUCUUGCUUCGUAUCAUGGCUGAUUGAACCAACAACCCUUUCCAGUUUAUUUCCAUGUGGUCUGAAACAGUAGUAUUACAUAGAAAA